UAAUAUUACACUGUUUAUCUGUGAUUGAUGAUAUUUUGUAGUGAGUCCGAGUCGUCAGACCAGAGGACUCAAUCCUUUAAAAGAUGCAGAAAUACACGUCAAAAUGGGGAAGGACAAAGACAUAAUAACUGGGAGAUACAUUAAUCCCAUCAAAGGUCGGGGUGUGUUUGCAAAAACCCCUAUCUUACAAGGUUCCUUUAUUCUCGAGUACAGAGGAACUUUAGUGGAAAAAGGGAAAUUGGGAAAAAUUAAUAAUAAUAAUUAUGCAUACUUUUUCAAACACGGAGGGCGUGACUGCUGCAUCGAUGCCUCCUUAGAUGACGGCUCUCUUGGGAGACUAGUAAACGACAGUCAAAAGCCAAAUGGCAAAAUAAAAAAAAUUGAACUGGGCGGAAAGCCUCAUCUUUGUUUAUUUGCUAUAAAAGACAUAAAUAAAGAUGACCAGAUUACAUAUAAUUAUGGAGGACAAGACUUGCCAUGGCGUUCUUACUGUGGGCAGGAACUGUGCAAGUUUGUCCAUGAGCCUGUCGCUCCAGCCAUUACAGGAAGUGAAGUCACUUCUGCUAAAGAGAGCCUUUGAAAAGGAGGAAACUGUGCCCGAAGGACACAUCUGAUGGACCAAACACUG